UUGAGAGCUUGGUGUGGAGUAUCAGCACUCAGAGUGGGAAGGCAGAACAGGAGAGCUACACCUGUCCUACACAAGACUCCUAUCCUCACAGGCAGCCUUCCAUAGAGGAUCCCAGUGGUCGUCCCUAUGUGUGGAUGGGACCAAAGUUACACGGCGACCUCUCAUAGCUCGGCCAUGUUGACCAGUGAGGGGGCGCACACUAUGGAGCAAGACGAUACAAACCACAAGAUGGCCUCCACAGCUACGAGCACGGGUUCGGACGGAGCAGAGACCAUGACCGACACCGACGUGGACAUGGAGAUGGAGAUGGAGGAGGCUGACAUGACACAGUGGACGGAGGCCGAGUUUGAGGAGAAGUGCACAUACAUCGUGAAAGACACGGCGUGGGAGGCGGGGCCAGACGCUGACGUCACGAUGACAGCGACCAGAGCAGAGGCGUCGCUGCCCAGAAACCUGGUGCUCAAACACCUGGCAGGCACCAAAGAGGUGGUCGGGGUGAGCAGCAGGGAGUACAUCCCCAAAGGAACUCGCUUCGGUCCCCUGGUGGGCGAGAUCUACACAGCCGACAGUGUCCCAAAAGACGCCAACCGGAAGUACUUCUGGAGGAUCUUUGUGGAUGGUGAGUUUCACCACUUUGUGGACGGUCUGGAUGAGACGCGCUCCAACUGGAUGCGGUACGUGAACCCGGCCAAGUCGGCAGCAGAACAGAACCUGGCGGCAUGCCAGAACGGCAUGGAGAUUUAUUUCUACACUGUGAAGCCCGUCCCAGCUGGCGCUGAGCUGCUCGUCUGGUACUGUCGAGACUUUGCCCGCCGCCUGAGAUACCCACCAUCGGGCGAGCUAAUGAUGGAAAAACUCAAGCAGUCACUUAUGGAAGUUAAGCAGCAACAGGAGGACAGAGAGGACAGCCCAGUUGAAACAUCCAGUACAUCUCCUGUCUCAAUGACUCCCAGUCCGCCCAAGAGGGAGCACAGCGUCCUGUCUAUUCUGCGUGGCACCAACACAUCCUCCUCUGCCCCUAAAAGGGAGCCCAGCCGCCCUCUCCCCACACGGCCACUUUGUGCCGAUAGCCCGGAGCGGCCCCUGUACCCCCUCGCCCGCUACCCGACGCUCAGGCCCCAUUUUCCCCUCCCUGAAGACAUGCUCAAACCCAACCAACUCGGUUACCCUUCAACUCAUUCCCCUGGCAAACAGUCCUCAGCAACACCAAGCCCCUCUGCAAGAAGCAGCCCAGACACCAGCCCUCAUAGUAGCCCCUCUGGUCCAGCAUUAUCACCAGCUUCUUUUUACCCAUACCCUGGUUACUCCCCUCCAUCUGCCCCACUCCCUUCUUCAUUCUACCCCCCUGGGCCCCAGUACUCUCGUUACCUCCUACCCCAUCAUUACCCUCUACACGGAGGUGGCGUCCCGGCUGUGGGAGGGAUAUUUCCUAGGAUCUACCCAGUCUACAGCAGCCUAUUGCCCCCUCAUUUGCCCCUCCUGCCUUCUGACACUGCAGCGAGGCGCCUUGUUAUACCUGAACCUGUGCACCCCUCCUCAAUCUCUGCCAACAGAGACUAUUUUCUGCCCGGGCCACGAAGUGCCUUCUCAACUGCAACUUCUUUGAGGGACAAAGCGGGAGCCCACAGCUCUUAUCCUGGACACCCUAACUCACACGGACCAGCUCACACUCCGUCCAGCAGCUCCCCAACUGCCGGCACAGCACCACCCAGCGAGCAGGUGCCAACCAAGCCUACCUCAGCCCUCGUGGGAAACACUAUUGAACGUCACCCAGAUGAAGAGGCUAUCAAUCUGACCAAAAUGAAGCGUGGCGCAGGGUCAGCGGGCUACAAGGCGUUACCUUACCCUCUGAAGAAGCAGAAUGGCAAAAUUAAGUACGAGUGCAACGUGUGCAGUAAGACCUUUGGGCAGCUGUCAAACCUGAAGGUUCAUCUUCGGGUGCACAGUGGAGAAAGGCCAUUCAAAUGUCAAACCUGUAACAAAGGCUUCACUCAACUCGCUCAUCUGCAGAAACACUACCUGGUUCACACUGGGGAGAAACCACAUGAAUGCCAGGUGUGUCACAAACGCUUCAGCAGCACCAGCAACCUGAAAACCCACCUGCGCCUUCACUCAGGGGAAAAGCCCUAUCACUGCAAACUCUGCCCAGCUAAGUUCACCCAGUUUGUUCACCUCAAGCUGCACAAGCGCUUACACUCCCGUGAACGCCCCCAUAAAUGCCCCCACUGCCACCGCCACUACAUCCACCUGGUUAGCCUGCGACUACACCUCAAGGGUUACUGCUUGGCGGCAAGCUCCGGUUCCGGUAGUCCGAACGUUUCGAGUCAGGCUGCCUUGGAGGAGGUGCAUCGCGCCAAUGAUGAGAUCGAGCGCUUCGAUAUCAGCGAGCAUGCCGAGCGACUGGAGCAACUGCAGGGAGGUGUGGAGAUGGAUGGGAUGUUGGAGAAACAGGUCUUGGGGAUGCUGUGGAGGGAGGCCGACCUCAAGUCCCCUAAUUUCCAUCCCAGUUACAAUAGCACUGGCAGUGAACUUCUGUCUGCAGGUUACGGUGCGUUUGAGUCCCCGAAUGAGACGUCAGUCAUCAAAAUGCACCAUAGCACCCCCAUCCCAACACUUGCUGCUAGCAUUACUGUCAAGCAGGAGUCAGAGGAACGUGCGUAACAGACUCUUUUUAUGUGCAAGACACAUGAAAAAUAGAUUUUGGACUGCAUGGUGGACUUGUUGCCAGGAGCAACAGCUGUAAAUAAGUAAUUAUCUAUUGCUAUCCCCAUGAACAUGCCAGGCUUAGAACCUAUCAGGGACUCACACACUCAGGGCUGCAAGAGACAAUGUCCCAUGACUACUUAGUGGUGUUACCAUUUAUUACUCCAAGACAAUCACCAAAAAAAGUUUGUGUUUUUUCUUCAGUGUAAUUAAUAUAAUUCUAAUAUUGUUGUUAACGUGAAUGAUUUUGUCUUUUUUAAACAUUUUGUGUUUUUGAUAAAUUAGUUGUUGUAUAAUCUAACUUAUUAUACAUUUAUUUGUUGUCUUUAAAAGCAAUAAGCGAACGAUUUGCUGACUAUUAGGGUGACACAUUAUUUCUGUUUAUGUUGAUUUGUUUUUUUUUUUGUUUUUUUACUGUGGCAAUUUCUCUGUAAAUAGUUACGGUUUUUGUUGCCCAUAUUUUUUCUCCUCUGAUUAAUUAAUGCAGAGGGGUCCCUUUUUUUUAGGGCUUAUCUAUUUAAAUCUUAAAAACCAAAGUAGCAGGUGAAAAUAAGCAGAAAGCCUUGCCUAUGUGCAGCACAUAAAUUAGUUCAUUUCCAAAGAGCUUUAUUUUAGUCUGGAUCCCUUCCCUGAAGUGUCUAGGUCCUUUUUCUGAAUUUAAAUGAGACAAAAAAGGGCUUUUUUGUUUGCAUUUUUUUUUUCACAACAGUUACCUCAGUGUGGAUGUGAUGAUGUGUGUGUCUGUGUGUUCAAAGGGACAGCUGAAGGUGGGAGUUUUUUUUAUUUAUUCAAUUUAUUCUACUUGAAGAAGAAUAAACCAAACUGAACUGGAGAGCAGCUCUUCAUGCGGUCCAAAGAAGCGGCACGGCCCGCUUAAAAUGUAGCACAUAACGGACUCAGGAAGCUGAAUAGCCGUCAUUUCCCCUGUUCUUCCCUUUUGUUUUCUAAUUUCAUUUUUUUUUUUUUUGUUGAAUACUUUUUGUACCCAUCUGGGAUUUAAAUUUAUUUGGCUUAAAAAAAACAAAGUUCACUUGGCUUUAUUUUCCAAAAAUAAUCUAAACAGGGAAAGAAGGACUAAGAAAAUGAAAAUGCCCAAGAAGGGAAAACUUACGUUGCGAUGAUGAAGUGUUUGCUCCUGUUUUGUAUGUAUAUAUAUUUUAUUUUGAUGUUGCUGUCAUUUUUGUUUUAUAUUUUUUUAGAAAACAGCCCCAUUCAUCUGCUGCCUUGUUAAGAACACCUAAGCACCUCGGCCCUCUUUUAUGCACUGCCCCACCCACCCCCACCCCCGUUCUACUUUAUCCCCUCAGUGCCGAUGCUUGUAUCAUAUACACUGUGUACAGUAUCUGUAAAACUGGUCAAAACUGCAUUAAGACCUUGCUUAAUGUUACUACAGCAGCUGUGAUUUUCUGUAGCAGGUGCACUUCAACAACCUGAAGUUGAUAUUACUUUCAUUAUGUUUCAAAUGUUCGACCAAAGCUUUUCUCUUUCUGCCGUAAGAGCUUUAACUCCAGAGGAGAAACCCCUAAAAUACCUGUCUUCUGUUUACAAACUGGUUUACAAAGUUAUUUAUGUGCAAAAUGUCAAAAAGUGUAAAUUAUGAUAUAAAUGCUCACUGCUCUAAUCUAAACUCUAACGAC